AUGACGAGCAAACACCAGCCUUUCCACCAGGUGGGACUCUAUUGUUUGAAGAUCUAUGGCUUAUCAUCUCUUUGGCGAUUAUUCAGAGGGAAGAAAUGGAAUGUUCUGAGGCAGCGUGUGGACUCCUGCUCAUAUGACUUGGAUCAGCUGUUUAUUGGAACCCUGCUGUUCACCAUUCUCCUCUUCCUCUUGCCAACUACAGCCCUCUACUACCUUGUGUUUACACUGUUAAGAUUGGUGGUGGUUGUCAUUCAGGGUCUCAUUCACCUGUUCGUGGACUUCAUUAACUCUCUCCCAUUGUACGCAUUAGGACUUAGACUGUGUCGACCUUAUAGACUUGCAGCUGGUGUUAAGUUUAAAGUUUUUCAGAUGGUUGCUGACAAACCUCUUCACUUAUUAAUGCAGAUUAAUCCCCUGACCUAUGGGAUGAUAAUCAGAUAUUACAGACUGCCAACCUACAGCUGUUAUCCAAAGGACUCGUGGACAACUCUGUGUCAGAAACUGUUCCUUGGGGAACUGAUUUAUCCCUGGAAACGCAAAACAGAAAAGCAAGACUAGAAAAUACAGCCAGAAACCAGCAGUCUUAAUGAGUACGUCCAUGACUAAUUUCCUGCAUUAUGUCUGCAUUGCCAUUUAUUUCAAAGAGGAGAGGUUUUUCUUCUGUAAAUUUUUUAAAACAAAAGUUAUAAAUUUGAAAUUGUUGAUUGUUGCUAGUGCCAAAAUUAUGCUGCAAAAUUAUCAGUAGAUUGAUAUAAUAGAGUUCUUUUUAAAUAUAACAAUUGAGAAAGCUUAAAAUGUCAUUUGGGAUUUGAAGAAACCAUAUCUCAAAUUACAAUUUCACACUUUAUCUCUUUUAUUACAGCAAAAGCACUUUCCCCCAUUUCAUUGGGUGCAAUUUUCAAGUUCUGUAAGAAUGCACUUCAAUUUGCUGUAAACUUGAAACAUUAUUGCACUGUUUUUAGACAAAUCACUUUCUAUGCAUUCUGUUUGUGUUUUGUGACAUCUUCUCUGUAUAUUAAUUCUUUAGUAUUUCCUAAUAACAUGCUCAUUUUCAGUGUACAGCUGUACCUGCAUCAGUUUCAUAUCUAGCUAAAUUGAUGCACUCAGAUCUAAAUUAAAGGAUAUUAUUUUUGUGUCAAUUGCAGAGAAACUUAAAAGGGAAACUCCACACAUUUUUCUGAUUUCUGCCAAAUGUUCAGAACUCUCUAUUGACCUGUGGUGGAAUCGUCCAGCUAAAUAUUUGACAUUUUGUAUAUUGCCAUUGCUUACAGUAUUGUCUUUCAGGGAUUCACAUAAUAUUGACCUUAGUAAUUUUUUAAACUACAACAUGCAAUACUUUUAAACCAUGUUUCUAUAAUUUACAAAAUACCGUAUUUUAGGUACAUUACCAAAUCAUUCCUUCUGUUCAUUGCGUUGCCUAAAAUCAAAUGGGUACCCAUUUUUCUCAAAGCAUUCAGAAUCAUAGAGAUCUACUGCAUAGAAAUAGGCCUUUCGUUCCAGCUCAUCCAUGCCGACCCGAUAUCCUAAAUUAAUCUAGUCCCAUUUGCCAGCAUUUGGCCCUUAUCCCUCUAAGCCCUUCCUAUUCAUGUACCCAUCCAAAUCCCUUUUAAAUGUUGUAAUUGUACAAGCCUCCACCACUUCCUCUGGCAGCUCAUUCCAUACACGCACCUGCCUCUGCAUGAAAAAGUUGCCCCUUAGGUUCCUUUUAAAUCUUUCCCCUCUCACCUCAGACCUAUGCCUCUAGUUUUGGACUCCUGCAAAUUCUGUUCAUUGGCAAGUUUCUGAAGGGUUCUGAACAGGGUUAGAUGUACUUUUAGAUAAUCUAACGAAUCAUAAUGCAAAACAUCACAUUGCCCUCAUUUCCCUGCAAGCAUUUACUGUAAUAGCAGUAUUACAACAUUUGACUGUGUCUUGGUACAGAAUACCUAUGAGACCUUUCCAGUAAAUCUCUCACAUUUAAUGUAACUUCGUCCCUCCCUUUACAAAAGAGAUUGCCACUCAAAGUUACUGAAUUUCAAAAUUCUGAAUGGCUGAAAAUUUCCUCAGAGGUUUUUAGCAUGUUAGAAUCAUAUUCUCUGAAAUUAUAUUUCUGAUGUUUAUUAGCAGCAUUGUUUUCUUAUCACUAAGAUCAGCAAUGUUUUUACUGUCUGUGAAUGCAUAUUCAAGAUAUCAGAAUAAGUUGCAUCACAAAUUGUAAAACUUGUGCGUUUGCUUUUUUUUUUGCAUUCUGUCCCAAAUAUGGAUUGAUGGUGGUACUGUAGUUGCACACUUCGUAAUUUUUAUGCAUAAAUCGGAAUUUGAAGAGGACACAAUGGUAUAAGAUUGGCAUUUUCCACAGGCCCCAAUUUCUCUGAUGAUAUUGUGCUAGUUUUUAUGUUCUGAGAUUCUCAGGAUGUUUUAGCAUAACUGUCCAGAUCAGCAUGACUUCCAGGCUAUAUCUAUGAUGGAAAAAUUCCUCUUCCUUCUUCUUGCAGCAUUGUUACUUUAAGAAUUAUGCUCCUCAGGUUUUUGCACAGGACCAAAUGUAUUUAAAAAUAUUAAUUUAGUGAAUAAAAUCUGAUCUAAUGUUG